AUGCAAACCUUCUCUUUCGCGGAUAAGUACACUGAAGUGGGUGUCAUCGAGGAGGCAGAGUAUCAGCGUCUGGUGGAGGUCCAGGACAAAGAGACAGGAGAGCGAUAUUUAUGUCGUCAGAUCUCUCUUGAAGAGUACACUACCAAGGUGUGUGACCUUUGCAAGACGGACAUCACGCUCUCUACACAGGUCGCAUCGCCUUUCUUUGCCACGGUUCAUGAGGCGACAUAUGAAGCAAAGAGCAAGAAGGUGUUUGUCCUCAUGGAGGACUUCCCCAUGGGCACGCUCAACGACUACCUGUACGGUCUUCCUGAGGAUGAGUUCCUUCCUGAGCAGACCUGCUGGUGUCUUCUGGCCUGCUUGGUGGAGGCCAUCUGUCAGCUCCAUGAACCGUCCCGCAUGAAGGACAUCGAGCACAGAUUCACGCGAGCGAUCAUCCAUCGAUACAUCAUGCCCCGCAGGAUCUUCAUGGUCUCCGAAACAAGGUGCAAACUGGCUGACAUCGGGUGGUCUCGCGACCUUCUCAGCAUGGAGGGAAAGAUGGGUUAUAUCCAGGGGACUCUUCAAUACUACGCUCCGGAGCUUAUCGUCAACGAAGGCUAUGGUCGCGAGGUGGAUAUAUUUGCGCUUGGCUGCACCAUGUAUGAAAUCAUGAUGAAGCGGGUCUUGGUGGAAGACAAUCCAGAGGAGCCCUUGGAGGCGUUGAAGAAGAUACGCCUUCCGCUGAUAAUAACGACAUAUUCGAAGAAGCUAGUCAACCUAGUGUCAUCCAUGCUGAACCCUGAUCCUAAAAAGAGGCCGACGGCAUUUGAGAUGAGAACUAUACCGGAGAUAGCGAACAUCCUGAGGGGCGAGCUUUCAGCUUAG